AGUAGGUUAAUGGCUAGAAGAUGAAGAGAAGAUGUCUACUGCCAUCCGAAUAUAGCAGAAAAUAAAAACAUCGACCCAAUUCGUUCUACACUCCUUGCAAUCAUUUAGCGGUCUAGGCUACAACCACUGCAUGGUAUUGUUGCAUAACGGGCACAAUGGCUGUGGCAAAUGCGAAACAAACGGUCCUAAAUCCGCCCAUCUGACCCCUCCAUCCAGGUGAUUCCAUUCACUGGGGCCAUACCUGGGGGCCUACACCCUGGGGAGAUGGUCCUUAUCCAGGGCACUGUUCACAAUGAUGCUGACAGGUUCCAGAUGGACCUAUCCUGUGGCACCAGCACUAAACCUCGUGCGGACAUCGCCCUCCACUUCAACCCCCGUUUUAAGGGAUCGCUGUGCGUUGUUUGUAACUCCCUGGUGCAGGAGAGUUGGGGCAGGGAGGAGACCCUUCAGAAGCUGCCCUACAGACAGGGAGCAGCCUUCGAGACUAUCAUCCUGGUCCAUGAUGAUGUCUUUAAGGUGGCAGUAAAUGGUUCUCAUUUGUUAGAAUACAAGCACAGAAUCCCACUGGACAGGAUUGACACAUUUUCUAUAUCUGGGAAAGUCAAGGUGCGCGCCAUUGGCUUCAUACCAAACUCAGCAAUAUACUCAAUCUCAGGUGAAUCAGGUGACCUGAGUCUCCCUUACAAAGGCAGUCUACUGAAAGGGGUGAGUCCAGGACAGCACAUCACAAUCAAGGGACAGGUCAGCAUGUACCCACACAGCUUCACUGUGAACCUCCGCAACAACAGCAGUGAGAACAUCGCUCUGCACCUGAACCCCCGGAUGAAGUCGGCCAUGUUCAUCAGGAACUCCUACCUGAGUGAGUCCUGGGGACCAGAGGAAAGGGAGCUUCCCUUCUUCCCCUUCUCACCUGGGGAGUACUUUGAGAUGCUGAUCCUCUGCCAGCCCCACCAGUUCAAGCUGGCGGUGAAUGGCUCUCACCUGUUGGACUACAGGCACCGGGUGCAGGACCUGAGCACCAUCAACCAGCUGGAGAUCAUGGGUGACCUAGAGCUGAUGGAUGUCAAGCUGUGGUGACCCAUGACAGAGGCAAAGCUAGGCUACGCCCCAAUGGGCUAAGCUAAGCCAUAUUCUGGAUGACAGGCCCGUUUACAACUCCCCCACCCUGGGCAGUGAGCAGUGCUUGAGCCGGCUGGUGUUGAACUGGCCUGAUUGUGGGCUCCAAUGUCUGAGCCAUGAGGUUUACAGCUGAGGUAGCCUUGGAUCUGUUCGAGUGGAUCCACAGGAUUUUACAGUCAAUAUACUUGUAUGCACUAUCUGGUGCAAUGUGUAAGGGAAUCUGGUAUGUGUAAUGACAGGAGUAUUAUAGAAACAGACUCGUUUACACCUUGCUCUAACCUGGACAGGAGUAUUAUAGAAACAGCCUUGUUUACACCUUGCUCUAACCUGUGGGUUUUGUGAUCUGAUCAAUAUGAUCCAAUCACUAUUUUAUCAAGGUUUGUCAUGUCUACACAUGGUAUUAAAAUGUGUCUCUUA